AGAGAGACCUUAUUUUAUCCUUUUUCCUGCCUAUGACCCCUUGUCCCUACGGGCUGAUAUAAUGAUAUGAGUCACUAGUUACAGCUGUGCUGGAAGGGGGAUUUAGAGGGGUCUGUGGUCAGCAUGGGCCCAGUUGGAUUCCUUCAGGUAUCCCCAGACUGAACAGAGCAAACCUGGGGAGAGCAGAGACUGUGUUGUAUACCCAGGGCCACAGCUGGCGGUCAGGUGGGGCUGAGGGAGACAAGAUGGAGGGUAGGUGCGUGCCAGAGGGAAUGAAGUGGGGACGGGGGACUGGCAUGGGCUUCAGAGUUGCCUCCGUGGCGAUGGGCCUCUGGAUCCAACCUUCACUUCUGCCCACACUGGGGUGCAGUCAGUAGUACACACAGUCUGUAGAGGGCAGCCACGGUUGCCUACAUGAGGCCAAGUGAGGGGAGUGGCGGCAAGGGGAAGGCCUAGGCGGGUCUCUAUGGCCAGAAUGUGGAUUGUGGCAGGGUGUGAUUGGACCCAGGACAACACUGUCCUGGGACUCCAUCCCAAACUCCCCUUCCGCUGUGGACUCAGGCCUCUGCAGUUCCCACAGCAUCUUCAUUCCUUCCUUUUCUUUUUCUUUUUUUCUUCCCUCCUUUUCGGUACCUAGCAUCCAGUAACUUCCCAGAAAAGACCCAUGGAAAAUAAAUUUCCUGGGCCUUUGUAUAUAGGAAAGCGUCUUUACUCUUUGCUCCUGGUCUGUUCACACAAGCUGGAUAUACAGUUUUAAGUGGAAAUCAUCCUUGCUUAGAAAGUGUAAGGUUUGCUCUUCUGUCUUUGGCACAGUGCUGUGUGAUCAGCGGUUCUCUAGAGACAGUCUUGGUCCUUUCUAGUGGUUUUCUGAUGUUUGCCAAGGUGACCCUUGGGAUCAGUGGCUUGUUCUCUGGCCUAGGAUACUCUGAGCUCACACAAAAUUGAAAUCAGUGGGUGCUCUUGUGGGAAACAUUUUUGUGGAUUAUCUUUUUAUUAUAAACCGGAGGCUUCGAAUAACAGAAAGUUAUUCUGUCACAGCUAUGGAGGCCACAAGUCUGAAACUAAGGUGUCAGGCUCCCUCCAGAGACUCAGGGAUGACCCUUUGUCUCUUCUAGCUUCUGGGCUCCCGGUGCCUCUGUGGCCUCAAUGCUUCUCUGCUGCUGUCUUCAAGCGGCUGUCACCUGAGCCCUCUGUCUUCUGUCUCCGGGACACUGGCCACUAUGAGGACAGGGCCCACUAAGAUAUCCAGGAUAACCUCAUCUCAGGAUCUGCAAAGACCUUCUUUCCACAUAAGGUCACAUUCACAGCCCCCAGAGCCAGAACCUGGACAUGACUUUUCAGGAGGUUCAUUUGUUAUGGCUUAUAUCUAGAUGUCACCCCAAAUCCUCAUGUCUCAAAGGUGGAGCUUUGGGGAGUGACUGGAUUGUGGGCAUGUGAUACUAGAUUGGUCCACCAUGGGUUACCAUAGUUCUGGGUAUGGAUAAAGGACUUACUGAAGAAGAAAGACCCUCCCUGGUGGCAACAACCAGUUGUCUUGUACCCUGGAUGAAAUAAAAACUGGAAAGAAAAGCUGUGGUGCCCCCUGCUUGUCACACUAUGAACUGUUUCUCCUCUGCCAUGCUACCCUGGGUUGGAACCAGCCUACUAUGGACUGAAACCUCUAUAAACUGUGAGCAAAAAUAAACCUUUCCUUCUUUAACUUGUGAGUUUUGAGUAUUUGGACCAAGUAACUAAGAUAUCAUUCAACCCACUACACAGCCUGUAUCUAAAAUAGGUUAUAAGGGCCAGGGAUUUAGCUCAGUGGCAUCAUCCCUGCCUCACAAGCGCAAGGUCCUGAGUUCAAUCCCCGGUGCCAAAAAAAACCAAAAAACAAAAUAACUUAGGACAAGACAGAUAUGUUUCCCUGAUUUAUUACAUGAUGCACACCUGUAUUGAAAUAGCACAUAACCCCACUACUUUGUACAGUUUUUAUGGUUUUUUGUGUAUCAGUUUAAAAAUUGUUGACUUACAUUGACUUAUGCCUGUAGCCCCAGCUACUCAACAGGCUAAAGCAUGGGGAUCAGUUGAGCCUAGGAGCUUCGGGUCAGCCUGGGCAAGAACCCCCACCUCAGAAAAAAACAAGCAAACAAAUAAACAGUAAAUAAAUAAAAUUUAAUUAAAGUUAUCUAAUCCUUGGGAAAAAAAUGAGUCAAGGUGUCUCCAAUCAUGUUUCAGUUCAUUUUCCAAGGGAGAGAGACAGGGCCUCCUAGAAGGUGGCUGUGCAUGGUUAGGGUGCUGGCUGCAAGGGCAGUCCUGGCUCCAGUGACUUCUGGGUCGCAGUCAAGUCCCCUGUCCUGUUUCAACUUCUUAGUUAGGAACAUGACUCCAUAUGCUCCUGUUAAAGCCAUUAUUAACUCCUGUCUGCCUCUGAGCCAACCUGACAAGGCCUUGGACCCAGUAGAAUGUUUUUCCAAAGAAAUUGUUUGUGUUCCUUUUAUGCUUGUUUCCUUGGGAACCUCAGACUCAGUCUUGAAGGCAGAUGCGUUUCAUUAAGGUGGCAGGAAGUUCCUGAUACCCAGCCAGGACUGAAGAAGGAAAACCACUCAACUGGGGAGCUGUGGGGGAUGAGGCCAUCACAUGAGGCUAGCAUAACCUCCUACAUCCAUCCAGCAGAGAGGCUGGGGCCCCUCGGCUGUCAGCAUGGGUCGCCCUGGGAAGAGGACCCUACCGUUCCUCCUUGUUUUUGUGUUCAUGUAUCUAUGUGGGGUUUCGUUGCAGGAAGCCCGCCCAAUAGGACAAAGAAAACCAUUUUUUGAGAGGCUCCGUAGACUGGAAGAGCAGUUUCAAAGAUUCCAAGAGGUCACCCUGACACACUUGCAGGGCAUUGCAAACAACUACAAUGUGUCCUACAAUGUUGAUGCCCGGUUCCAGAGGCUGACAGAAGAGAGCCAGGCUGUGGCUCUGGCAGUCAACAGGUCAGAGGCUGCCACACGGGUGGACCUGACCCGCCUAAAGAUUUGGAUGAGGAAGACCAAACGUCAAGCCCGGAAAGUGGAUGCAAGGCUUCAGGACCUGGACCUUGCCCUGAGCAGGCAGCAGGUUUGGAAGAGGGAGGAGCAGAAGGCACAGCAGGAUGCUACCUCAUGCCUGGCCCUGGAUGUGUCUACUUUGCAAAAUGCACUGGCCCAACUGGCACACCAGGUCCAUAGCCAGAGCGCCAGGCUAGCUGCUCUUGAGGGACAGCUGCAGAUGGCCAACCCUGGCAUUGCAGCCCAGCGGGUGAUCCUGGCCCCAAACCAGCCUGUGCAGCCAGGUGUGAGCUCCCCAAAGCUGCAUCAGGAAAAGCAGGCACUGAGGCCUCCACCUGAACACAGAAAUCUACCCCAAGAUUUUGCUACUAUUUUCCAGGGGACACAGAAGCCCCCCUCCUUAAGCAUCCAUUGGGCAUCUUCUGCCGCCCCAAGGGACCCUCCUCAGCUGGUAUGGCUUCCCCAGGGACCAGGAAAAAUUUGCAACGCCGGCCCUGUGUUUGUUUUCCCGAAUGCCUCCACUGGAAAUGUGGUCUUUCUCAGCCCUGGCUUCCUCAAGGGCCUACGAGCCCUGUCCUUCUGCAGCUGGAUCCGCCUGGCUUCUGGCCACCUGGGCACCCUCCUCUCCUAUGCCACUGAAGAGAAUGACAACAAGCUGGUGCUGCAUGGCCGAGACUCUCUGGUCCCCGGCUCUAUGCACUUUGUUAUUGGAGACCCAGCCUUCAGGGAGCUGCCCCUGCAGCCGCUGCUGGACAGCCAGUGGCACCACAUCUGUGUCAGCUGGACAUCUAUCCAAGGCAGGUACUGGCUCUAUGUGGACCGAAGGCUAGUGGCCUCUGGCUCCCACUUCAGGGAGGAUUAUGAGAUCCCUCCUGGGGGAUCCCUUGUGCUAGGCCAGGAGCAAGACAGUGUUGGGGGUGGUUUUGACAGUGCUGAAGCUUUUGUGGGGAGCAUGUCUGGCUUGGCUAUCUGGGACCGGGUGCUGGUGCCUAGAGAAGUUGCAAACCUUGUCACCGGGAAAAAGCUCCCUACAGGUGCCAUCCUGACUCUAGCCAAUGCCACACUGGUAGGUGGAUUUGUGCAGAGAAUCAACUGCCUUUGCCUGGAGCACUGUCCAUGAGGCCACACUCUGCAGGUCAGUGAGAGGAGUGAGCCCCCGCCCAUCCUCAUUGUCCUCAGCUAUGCAUACACACCUGAGCAUACACACCUGUAGGAGGUGCAGGGCUGGGGAUUUAGCUCAGUGGUUCCAGCACCUGCCUCACAAGCACAAGGUGCCAUCCCCAAUACCAAAAAAAAAGGAGGUGGAAGUGGUCAAGGAAACAUCUGCAGCGAGAGAGGGGACCCCAGGCAAGUUCAGGUCCACAGGCUUCAUCUUCCCAUCUCUGCAAUAUUCUUGAUCUUAUAUGCUAUACCUUCAAAGUCCCUAGUCACCUCAUUCGUUUUUUUUUUUUGGUAGCGGGGAUCGAACUUUGGACCUUGCGCUUGCGAAGCAGGCAGCUGAACCACUGAGCUAAAUCCCUGGCCCUCGCCUCAUUCUUUGUAGUAUGACAUCAUUUCACCCUGGCUUGCACCAGCCCAGCAGGAGUGCUAGAUCCCAGCAGGCCUCUCUUCCCAGUGUGCCCUUUUAGUGAUAAAGGGCCAGCUGAUCAAGGCCUUCCCAGGGGAUGUCCUCAUUCCUUCCAGCUGCAGAGAUGGCCAUUUGUAACAUCAUUGGCUUCUCUCAAGGUGACUUAGGAAGGCUUUCCUCUGGGUGAUGGCUGUUCCAGCAUCUCUUGGGGAAAGGGCCUAAGAGUCUGUUUCCUGGCCUUUAAGACUACAGCCCCCUUCACUGAGAGUCCUGGAGGUUCUCUCAAGGGUGGUUGGUCAGUUCUUUUCUGUUGUCCUGGCAUAGCUGGUAAGGCUGCCAGAGCCACAAUUAAAAUGGACUGGCAAUGCCUUAAGUCAACUCAUAAAGUAUUAUUUUCAUAUUAUAAACUAUCCUUUUUAAGUGUACCAGAGAUUCAUAGUAAAUAUACUGAGCUGUGCAACCAUCACCAUAAUUUAUUUUUUGAGUAUUUCAGUUGCCCUCUAAACACUGCCUGUUAAUGAUCACUCUUGCCCCCAACCCCUGGCAACCCCAUCUGCUUUCUGCCUGUGGAUUGGCCUGUUCUAGAUAUUUCAUAUAGAUGGAGUCAACAGCCUGUGGCCUUUGUGUCCUGCUUCUGUCUUUCAGCAUCAUAUUUUCCAGGUUCAUCUAUGUUGUAGCUGGUGUCAGUACAGUAUCUCACUCCUUUUUUUUUUUUUUUUUUUUUUUUUGAUACCGGGGAUCAGACUCAGGUCCUUGCGGUUUCAAGGGAGGCGCUGGAACCACUGAGCUAAAUCCCUGGCCCAUCCUCACUCCUCUUUGUGAGUGAAUAAUAUUCCAUUGUAUUAGUGGACCAUAUUUUGUUUAUCCAUACAGACAUUUAGGUUGUUUCCAGUUUUUGGUUAUUGCAAAUAAAGCUGCUGAGUGUUCUCAUACAAGUCUUUGGGUGGACAUAUUCUAUUUAUCUUGGGCUGAUGCCCAAGGGUGGAUGGGUCAUAUGAUAAAUUCAUGUCUAGGCUUUCACAGAAACUGUCAAGUUGUGUUCCCAAAGUUGCAUAUCACUUUACAUUCCUACUAGAAAUAUAUGAAGGAUUCCAUUUUUCAACCUCCUUGCCAACAUUUGGUUUUGUAUCUUUUGGUGACCCUUUUUUUUUUAUAGAAUUCAAAAUCUAGGCAGGUAAAAAAUGAAACCUACACUAACACUGACUACAGGCAUUUUUACUGUAAGUUUCAGUGUGAUAUAAAUUGACCUUUAAAAUGGUAGAGAUCCCCAAUGAAGACCUAAAAGCGAGAUCACAAAAUAAGAAUCAAUUGGUAUAGACAGGAGAAAAGGGUGGUGUUGGGGAAAGCAUGGAGAGCUGGGCCCUGCUAAACCUGGGAACAUUCACUCUGCAUACCACUCUUUCAUUUCAUUAAUUUUUUUGUGGUGCUGGGAUUGAGCCAGGGUUUUCACACUGAGCUACAUCCUCAGCCCUUUCUAUUUCUUAUUUUGAGACAGAGUCUCACUAAAUUGCUAGAUUUCCCAGGUGGGGCUCAAGCUGGUGAUACUCCUACCUCAGCUUCCCAGAGUGCUAGGAUUAUAGGAAUGUACCACCAUACCCAGUGUCCUCCACCCAUUUUAAAAGACAGAAAGUAAUCUGGGUGUGAUGGCACACACCUGUAAUCCCAGAGGCUGAGGUAGGAGGAUUGCCUAGAGUUCCAGGCCUGCCUGGGCUACAUAGUGAGACCCUGCCUAAAAAAAACAAAAAAAAACCCCAGAAAGUAAGGGCGGGGAUUUAGCUCAGUGGUUCCAGCGCCUGCCUCGAAAGCAAAAGUUCCCAAGUUCGAUCCCUGGUACCAAAAACAAAACAAAACAAAAAAAUCAGAAAGUAGACUAGAUAAAGCCCAGAGCUAACUAUGGGGGUCCCAAGAACUUCUGUCCUCCUCUACUAUGUCCUCAGACAUGGACAACUUCAGCCAUGUGGAGACCUGAGCACCACCUUUCACCCACAAAUAGGUAGCCAGCCAGGGGUAUAGAACUGCCUAGCUGCUCUGGUAGUAUCCUAUAUUAGCCUCUUGAGUCUCCUAGCAGAAUCUCAGAGCACCAGUGCUCUGGGCCUUCAGCUCAUAUCAGGAGGGUCACUAGAGUCCAGGAUUUCCAGGGUAGCCUCAUCUAGCAAGCAAGGAGCCAUCUCAAAAAUAAAAUAAAAUAAAAUAAAAGGUGGGUGUGUCAUGCAUUCCUAUAAUCUCAGAACUUUGGGGGAAUGAGGCAGGAGGGCACCAAGUUUGAGCCCCACCUGGGCAACACAGUGAGACCGUGUCUCAAAAUAAAAAAUAAAAAAGGGGGCCAGGGAUUUAGCUCAGUGGUUCUGCCGCCUGCCUUUAAAGCGCAAGGUCCUGAGUUCGAUCCCCAGUACCAAAAAAAAAAAAAAAAUGGGCUGGAGAUGUAGCGCAGUGCAAAGGCACAAGGUGCCUCCCCCAAUACCACUGUGAGACCCAACUUAGCAAUACCACCACCAUGUUGAGAACAUUCUCCUCCAUUUUGCAUAUGUGUGAUUUCCCACUGCACUCUGUCUCCUGGGAGAAAACCCCACCCCUAACCGAUGCAUGUAACCGCAAGGUAAAAUAAACAGAAACUGUGUUUCAGGUGAUCUGCAACAAACCAUUACCCAGGGGAAUGGGAAGAACUAACUGUGCUUAUUUUGGCUUCUGUAACCAGCUUCUGCAACAAUCCGUAACCCAGGGGAAUGGGAGGAGGGACUUUUUCUGUGGUUUUUGCCUUUAAAUAUGCAGUCCUUAUUUCAUUUGAGGCCUUUGUCCUCCGACUUGGUUGGAGUGUACAUGGGUCCCGACCGGAAAAUAAAGUUCUCCAGUAAGAUCCCA